GCGAUUCCCAAACUCAAAAUGGAUCGCCUCUCAACUGAACUCCUCUCCAUGAUCGCAGCGGAAGCUGCUGCGUCUGGACCACAAAUUGACAUCAACACAGUCUUCGAUGUCUGGGACUCUGAUGACACGUUGAAAAUUCCCCGAACGUUAUCACGAGAUAAUUCCCUUGCUCCAUUCGCCGCCGUUUCACACAAUUGGCAGCUCGCUUUUGAACCGUUCACUUUUCAUACCCUUGUCAUCUCGCCGAAGAGGCUGGUUGAGGCGGCACAGCACGGGUAUCUCACUCAUCGACGGCUGGGGUAUGUUCGCUUUAUCGCAGUUCUCAUCGCCUUUCCGCUUCCGCGGCCGUGGGAUACUCCCAUUGUAUUCUCCCCAGAACUAGAUAUAAGAAAGGACCUUUUCAGAGCCAGAGGUGAUACCGGAGAUGUCUCAUCCGAGGAUGAGGUCGAAGGAGUUGAAGAAGACGACGUUGAUGGCGACGGUGACUAUAUCACUAGCGUAAUCGACUUCCCCCAUCCAAGAGACAGAGGCUACGAUAGAGUAUUCGCCAAGAUCAUAAGAAUUCUCUUCAACACCCUCAAAUUGGCUCCUGUCCACGAGAAUCACCAACCAUACAUCGAUAUACGGCUCGGCUUCCCAGUCCCUCGGGAAUACGGACUGAGCCGCAUUUCCGCCCCUGAAGAGAUGGAAGCAAAUACCCUAGAAGGCCCUUGGCUUACAACUGUCUAUCUCAGUAUGAACCACGACGGUGAGGAGCUACCAGAAUUGCCGUCCAUAGCUUCAUGCAGUUUUGAACUUGUCUCGUGGAGUUUAUGCUUCGAACCUCACACGGCAUGCAUCAUUGGAAGCAAGAUGCCGUGUCUGAAGAAACUCAAACUUCAUCUUAGUGAUAGAGAGUUGAAAGAUCAAGGUCUCAGAAAUGAGCUGAGAAAUAAGCUCGCAAGUUCGCUGUCUAUCUUGCCACAGAGCAUCUACGACUUCGAUUUUCAUUAUUCAAGAGGUAUAUCACGGGAUCACUCGCACAUACCCACAAGUAUACUAGAUUCAGAAGAAAACUACGAUAACCUUAGCCAAGCGCUCUUCAACUUCUCGCAGCGCGAGAACACAACGCGAUUCUCGGCGAAGGGAAGUUUCGAACUGACUACAAUGGGUCCAUCAGAAGAAGUUCUGUCUGGCUGUCUCGGCUGGUCGAAACUCGAAUACUAUGAGAUCGGGUUUCUUGCGAUAACCCCCGCUGGAAAGUGGCUCGCGGUACCCUAUAAGGACGAUCCGAACACUGACAUUUUCAAAACCAAACGAUGGGGUGCACCGAGUGGGCGGUCGCGAGGUUAUUUCUCAAGUUUCGUCGUCAAUGAAUUCAGAGGUCCAAUUGAUCCAGACUAUGCACAUGAACUACUCUGCGCGGCAGGACAGGCAGCUUCUCACAUGCCCCGGCUACAACGAAUGGUUAUCAAUGUCGGUGUGAUCGGGGGCUACAGGGCCUCUUACAACAGCGCCAAAGUUGAGCCUUGCAUGAGAAUUGUUGGGAAGAAGCUGCAGCCGCCGAUGGAAGACAUGCUUCGAAUUUGGCGUCGCGUAGCGCAUGAGCAUGAUCACAAGUUCGUCCUUCGUUGGAAGGACACAGCCAGGAUAAAAACGAGAAUGGAAAAUUUCGAGUAA